AUGAAGACAACAAUUCGGGUAGUGCAAAACCUGGAAUAUAGCAGCGAGAUCCAGCGUGUUUUAACAGGUGAGCCCUGCAAAUAUAUGCAAAAUUUGUGUCCUUUAUUGGACCAUGAAGGUUUACUGCGAGUUGGUGGCCGACUGCGCCAUUCCAAGCUACCAUUCGACGUGAAGCACCAGUGGAUUUUGCCAGCUAAUAAUCCAGUGGUUCGAAGUCUAAUCAAGGCAAUACAUCAGGAGAACCUGCAUAUAGGUCCGUCAGGACUGAUGGCGAUUCUUCGACAACAGUUUUGGAACCCUAAGUGUCGCAACACCAUACGACUGAUUACGAGAAGCUGUGUUCGUUGUUUCAAGGUAAAUCCAAAAACAUUGAACCAAUUUAUGGGAGAUCUUCCUGGAUGUCGCUUGGAAAAAGCUCCUGCAUUUUUGAAGGUUGGUGUGGAUUUCGCCGGGCCCAUUAUGAUAAGGCAGGGCGUCCGUAAAUCAAUUCCAGUGAAGGGCUACAUUUGCGUUUUCAUUUGCAUGGUCACCAAGGGAAUACAUUUGGAGGCGGUGGAAAAUCUCUCGACAGUUGCCUUUCUGGCAGCUUUGCAACGUUUCGUGUCUAGACGUGGAGUCCCUGAGGAAAUUUAUUCCGACAACGGAACAAAUUUUGUGGGAGCAAAGAAUGAACUAAGGGAACUGUAUGAAAUGUUCAAGAAGCAAAUGACAGAGCAGAAAAUUUUUGAGUUUUGUCAGCCAAACCAGAUUCAGUGGAAGACCAUCCCACCAAAUCCUCCGCAUUUCGGCGGAUUGUGGGAAGCGGGAGUAAAGAGUGUGAAAACCGUGUUAAGGAAAAUUUGUAACCCAGCAUCACUUACCAUCGUUGAAUUCAGUACGUUGCUUUGUCAGAUCGAGGCCAUAUUGAAUUCGAGGCCGUUGUUUGCACACUCGGAUGAUCCUCAUGACCAGGAAGUCCUGACUCCGGGGCAUCUAAUGAUUGACCGUCCGCUUACAGCGAUUCCUGAGCCCACUUGCGAGGGCAUACCGCAGAAUAGAUUGUCGCGAUGGCAAUACAUUCAGGUUCUUCGAGACCAUUUCUGGAAGCGAUAG